UUGCAGAGCGCAGUUGUUCCCCAUCCAGUCCGGUGCAGUGUUUGCAAACACCUUGAGCGCAAAGCGAGAGAAGAAGAAGAAGGAGAAGAAGGAGAGGGGGGGACUGACUGACUGACUGACGGACGGACGCUCGUCUGCUGCUACUGCUGAUCAAAACAAGCACUGCAGGGGAGCCGCUCUUAUCCAUCUCACUGGUUGUUGUUUUUUUCCUACCUGAGAAAAUAUUGAAGUGCAGCUAAAUAGAUCUUUUUUUUUUUUUGGUUUAAAAAAAAAAAGAAAUCUGAGCUCUGGAAAAGAAAUGGAUGUUCUACCCAUGUGCAGCAUCUUUCAAGAACUUCAAAUAGUUCACGACACGGGCUAUUUCUCAGCCUUACCGUCUCUGGAGGAGUACUGGCAGCAGACAUGCUUGGAGUUGGAGCGCUAUCUACAGAGCGAGCCUUACGUCUCCACAUCCGACCUCAAGUUCGAUGGCCAGGAGGACCUCUGGAGCAAGUUUAUCUUGGCCUGCGGGGACAAGACCAAGGCCGAGUCUGACCCAAAGCUGCCCCCGGCCCACGAGGAGGACAAUCAGGACAGCCAAAUCUUGGACACCAACAGUGUGAAUUCUGACGCCAGCAGCGAAGCAUCAGACAGUUCUGAGGAGCUCUCGCCCACACACAGCUUUACCUCCAACCCUCUGGGCUCCGUCUUGGUUGGCUCUGGACCUUUUAGCCCCUCCGUCAUUAGCACUCCACCGUCAUCUCCAGAGGCCAACUCAGAGGCCGGUGGCGUGACAAACGGCUGGGUCGCCGCUCAUGCAGAGUUGCACUUGCCGGUCAAAAUCCGGAGUGGUGGGGUGGCAAAGAGUACGGAAAAGACGGGACUCAUCUGCGGGGAUGCAUCCCCGGACGGCAGGAGGCGAGUACACAGGUGUCACUUCAACGGGUGUCGCAAGGUUUACACGAAGAGCUCCCACCUAAAGGCACACCAGCGCACUCAUACAGGUGAGAAACCAUACAGGUGUUCAUGGGAGGGCUGCGAGUGGCGUUUUGCACGAAGCGACGAGUUGACCAGACACUUCAGGAAGCACACUGGGGCAAAGCCAUUUAAAUGCAGUCACUGUGACAGAUGUUUCUCAAGGUCCGAUCAUCUGGCUCUUCACAUGAAGAGACACAUCUAGAGCGGGGCAAGCACCAACCAAGCAACGCAGCGAAGGGGAAAGUUUUAAAAGAAAAAAAAACAACAAAAACAAACGCCGUCUCCCGACCAGUCUCUUGGUUGAACUGUCCCAGAGCAGAGUGGCGGGAGUGUGUUCCAGCCAAAGCAUGCCGUUUUGCACCAUACUGAAACCCAGUGCCUCCGGGACCUCUCUUUGGAGAAAGGCGCUCUGAAGGUUGUGUCUGUUGCAACAAGAGGACAAAAUCAUGGAUGGGGAAGAAAUCUUUUUGAUUGAGAAGGACUUAAAAACACACACAGAAAAAAAGGACAAAAAAAAAAAGAUAAAAGACACACAAACAAAAAGAGUGAAUGAUUUGUAUGUAUGGUGCAUGAUGUUUUGGGGACAUCUCCCGGACAGCAGAUACACUGGUACUUUACAAAACUGUCUGAGGUGAGCAUGUGUGCACUGUGAAUGUCUGAGAUUGGCUGACUGGCCCCCUGGAAAGAGAGGAGAAGAUUUUCUUUCUUUGUGUGGGAGGGAGAAGAGAUGGAUUGAUGGAUGGUGCGGGGCUGGUACCAAUGUUGCUGUGGACUGAAUGGGUUUCUAGGGGGAAACUCCACUUGUGUUUCCCCCGGUGGCAGUGUGAGGAUGGGGCAGGAUGGAAGUUCCUGCUUGCCUGUCUUGUCUGGCACCCAGACUGAAGGGGGGUGAGGGUUCUCCGGAGCUUUUGAGGGCCUUGGGUUCGACCAUAGAAAGAAGGUGGACGUGUCUUUUGGUCAGUGACCCAGGGACCAAUACUUCUACCCCCCCGGUCACUGUAUGACAGGAGCUUUUUUUGGUGUUUUUGGUGCAGCUACUAAAUGUGCAAUGUGUUAUGUAGCCUGGUUUAUUAUUUUUUUACAAGCUACAAAGCUCAUUUGUAGUCCAAUUGUAUAAGCUGUGUGCUUAGAGGUAUAACACAACUAUACUAUAACUUCAGUAUCAUAGACAGGUGUUGCAUGGUUUUAGGGUUUGUUCAUUUCAUGUUUCCACUGUAAUCAGGACUGCAAAUAGUUUCAAUAAAAGUGCAGCUAAAGUGCGAACGGUUAAAUGUUACAAUAUUGUACAUAAAGCCUUGAUGAUUUCCUCUUUUUUUAGUUCUACAACUUCAUCCAUUUCCUUCAUUCUGGUUUCUCAUCUGGCUGGAGAUUUCACCACUUGCUUGCUCAUUCUCUCAUUCAUCCUAUGCCUUGAGGAGUAAUUUUCUUGAUUUUUUGUACUUUCUUUUCUAUCUAAUAAUGCACUGUUGACCUUAAUGGUGCCUUAUGCAAGUGACUCGGCCCUGUGGUGGCGGUGGUUUUGCUCCCUCGGGAAGUCACAUUUGUUGUAUGGGUGAUUUGACAAGCUUGAUCAAGGCUCAAUUGCAAAUGAACUCGCACCUCUUGUGUUUAAUGACAGUUGUCCGCAUCUAUUCCGACGGUUAAUUGUGUUGUUAAAAUGUUAAUGUGCAGAAAAGUACCUUUUUGUUUUCGAAUCAGAGCACCGGUUUAGUUGAUGCAUAUCAUAUUCAAUUGAGGCAAAACAUGUAAACAAGACAAAUUCUGUAUGUUUAGAGCACUUAAAUUCAUUUAUUAAAAGAUGUUAACUACUGUGUAGUGUGAACUCAAGUCCAUCACACACAGCUCUAAGGUACAAAACAACCAGAAAAUGAGAUUUUAUGUAUAUUUCAGACAGUGCUGCUCCUCUUCAAUGUAUCCCUCCCUACCACCACCACCACCACCAACACCAUCCUCCCCUCCCUGUCCCCAUCUGUCCCUCCACCCCUGCAAGUUGGACUGAAGAAAAAAGCUAAAGAUUUAUUGUAAUUAACAGGCUGCAGUCGGACAGGCCUCGCCUUGUACUGCCUCUCAGUAAUGAAUUGCUAAAGGCUUUGUUGGCAUGGAAUCUGUCACAGACUGCUGACUGUGUAGGUUGGUUAUUGACCUGUCUGGGGGAGCGUUGUUUUAGCCAAGCUGCAACAGUAUUAUGAAAACCACAGGAGCGAGUGAGCGGGCGUGGGGGGGGAGGUGGGGGCUCUCGGGACGAGAUACAGAUCAAGCAUUGACGGUGCACAUGGAAAUUUGUCAAAAAAAGAAAAAGCCCAUGACAGCGUCUGUGCUGGUUAGAUUUUUAUUGGAGGUGGAGGGAUGCCGGACAAAAGGUUGGAGACCAUAGCGAUCACACUUAUUACCAUUUCAGGAUAAAGUGAUCUGUGCCUCCCACUCCAGAUCAGCGACCUUGCUUUAGGAAUUCGAUGUUGCAGCAAGUUGCACAGCGGCAUGCUCCGACUUAUGGAUUUCAGAUCAGCGGGUGAAAGAGACGGGAUGAGUACAAACUUGAAACUGCUUGCUACGAUAGAUUUGGGAGUGCUGGCAGUGCCUUUUGUGGGCAAAGGAAAGGGAACAUCCAUUCUGUAAAAAAAAAACGGCAGCCAGUGCUGUUCCAAGUGGUAAUUGAGCCUUGAUUAAGCCCCAUGUUUGCUCUCAUCUUUUACACUCUUCAUCAUCUCUUUCAUCCCACUAGCCCAACUCUUAUGUCACACACACACACACACACACACAGCUCUUUGUUCUCUGAACAACUCUGUAACUGAAUCUUUGUAUAAAAAGAAAAAAAAAAACUUUUGUAAAAUUGUUAUGUUUAUGCUUUAUGAAAUUUUUAUUUGAAAUUGUUUUGCAAAAUUGUUAUAUUUCUGUAUGAAUGUAUUUUUUAUUGGAAUAAUAAGAAAUUCUGACUUUG